AUGGGGUUGGGGAAAGAACAAGAGAGCCUGAAUGGAGUAGAAAUGGAGAGCGGUUAUGCAAAACUCCAGUUUAAGUCAUGGCUCAGCCAAUUCCGCAAUGGCUCCAAUCCUUGGAUGGCCAGAUAUGUCUACGGCUUUAUGUUCUUAAUAGCAAAUCUUCUGGCAUGGGCCGUCCGGGAUUAUGGACGCAACGUGUUGACGGAGAUGGAAAGAUUAAAAGGAUGCCAUGGUGUGAAAGAUUGUUUGGGUGCACAAGGGGUUCUGCGUGUCAGCUUGGCAUGCUUUAUGUUUUAUUUCACAAUGUUUCUUUCGACGGCUGGUGCAUCAAAGUUGAAGGAGCCUAGAGAUUCAUGGCAAUCUGGAUGGUGGUCUGCCAAGAUUGUCCUCUGGGUUACUUUCAUUAUUAUUCCCUUUUUGCUUCCUGCUGCAAUCAUUCAGCUAUAUGGGGAGAUUGCGCAUUUUGGUGCCGGGGUAUUUCUCCUGAUUCAGCUAAUAAGCAUAAUAAGUUUCAUUACAUGGCUGAACGAUUGCUGUCAGUCUUCCAAAUCAGAAAGAUGCCAAAUUCAUAUCAUGCUACUUGCAACUACCGCAUAUGUUUUAUGCUUAACGGGGAUCAUAUUGAUGUACAUAUGGUAUGCACCAGAACCAUCUUGCCUCCUCAACAUUUUCUUCAUUACCUGGACAUUAGUACUUCUACAACUCAUGACCAGUGUCUCUCUCCACCCGAAAGUGAAUGCUGGGAUUUUGACUCCAGGGCUCAUGGGGCUCUAUAUAGUAUUCAUCUGCUGGUUUGCCAUUAGAAGUGAGCCAACAGGGGAAAGUUGCAACAGGAAGGCAGAAGCUUCAAACAAAACAGAUUGGCUCACCAUCAUAAGCUUUGUCAUUGCCGUACUUGCGAUGGUUAUUGCAACAUUCUCAACGGGGAUAGAUUCUAAAUGCUUUCAGUUCAGGAAGGACGAGACAGAAUCCGAGGAUGAUGUUCCAUAUGGUUAUGGCUUCUUCCAUUUCGUUUUUGCCACAGGAGCAAUGUACUUUGCAAUGCUGUUGAUUGGUUGGAAUACUCAUCAAUCCAUGAAAAAGUUUACAAUUGAUGUGGGAUGGGCCAGCACAUGGGUGAGGAUUGUGAACGAGUGGAUCGCUGUCUGCGUGUAUUGUGAGUAUAAGAUUCCGCAUUUGAGUUUUGGAUGUCAUGUGGAAAUUGUUGUUUCUGAGAGGAAAUUUCUGUUUUGCAGUAUGGAUGCUGGUUGCUCCAAUCAUAUGGAAGAGCAGACAAACGGCGGAAUCUGCAUAAGUUAA